CGGUUUGGAACAUCAUGGGAACUGUACGGUCUCAUUGUCGUUUUGUGUUAAUGGUCUUGAUUUUAUUCUCGGCUACUCAGAACACCCAUGCCCUUCAAUGUUACUGCCCUCGCUGUGCUAACGGAACAUGUAACACAGACGGCCUCUGCCUUUUCUACGUCAUGAAGACCUACAGUCGGAUAGUGGAGUAUGAAAGCCGAUGCCUGUCAAAGGAGGACCUGGUUCCAGCUGACCGGCCCUUCCGCUGUGCCCCAUCUAAGAAAGACAACACUGGCGUAUUCCCACGCUGCUGCAACACAGACCUGUGCAAUAAAUACCCAAGCACAGACCCUCCUGAGCCCUCUCAACCAAGCCCUGCUCUCGGACCGGUAGCACUGGCAACGGUGAUAACAGUGCCGGUGUGUCUGCUCUGCUUCCUCCUGGUGCUCACCAUUUACCUCUGUCAUAACUGCUCAAUCAGGCACCAUCGUGUACCAAACGACGAAGACCCAUCUAUGGAUCACCCAUUCUUGGCUGAAGGAACAACCCUCAAAGACCUCAUAUAUGAUAUGACCACAUCUGGUUCGGGUUCAGGUCUACCUCUGUUGGUCCAGAGGACCAUUGCAAGGACCAUCAUUCUCCAGGAGAGCAUAGGCAAGGGUCGUUUUGGGGAGGUGUGGCGGGGCCGUUGGCGCGGAGAGGAGGUGGCAGUGAAAAUCUUUUCCUCCCGUGAGGAGCGCUCCUGGUUCCGCGAGGCUGAGAUCUACCAGACAGUGAUGCUUCGGCAUGAGAACAUUCUGGGCUUCAUCGCUGCCGAUAACAAAGAUAAUGGCACGUGGACUCAGCUGUGGCUGGUAUCCGAUUACCACGAGCAUGGCUCACUCUUCGACUACCUGAAUAGGUAUACAGUCACGGUGGAGGGCAUGAUUAAACUGUCCCUGUCCACUUCCAGUGGUCUGGCCCACUUGCACAUGGAGAUUGUGGGCACACAAGGUAAACCUGCCAUUGCUCAUCGUGAUCUGAAAUCCAAAAAUAUCUUAGUAAAGAAGAAUGGCACUUGCUGCAUUGCCGAUUUGGGACUGGCCGUGCGUCACGACUCGGCCACAGACACAAUUGACAUUGCCCCGAACCACAGAGUGGGCACAAAGAGGUAUAUGGCUCCAGAGGUACUGGAUGACUCCAUAAACAUGGGGCAUUUUGAGUCCUUUAAAAGGGCAGAUAUCUAUGCUGUUGGUCUGGUCUUCUGGGAGAUAGCCAGAAGGUGUUCCAUAGGAGGCAUCCAUGAGGACUACCAGCUGCCCUAUUACGACCUGGUGCAGUCAGACCCAAUGGUGGAGGAGAUGAAGAGAGUGGUGUGUGACCAAAAGCUCCGCCCAAACAUCCCCAACAGAUGGCAGAGCUGUGAGGCCCUCCGCGUGAUGGCAAAGAUCAUGAGGGAGUGUUGGUACGCUAACGGGGCCGCCCGUCUCACCGCUCUUCGCAUCAAGAAGUCCCUGUCUCAGCUCAGCCAGCAGGAGGGUAUCAAAAUGUAGAGAGCCUGCUCAACACAGUUUUCUCCUCUCUCAUCCGUAACGAGGAGAGAGAAGGAGAGACAAACACACGCUUGUGCGUAAUUGCAAAGACUUCCCCGGUUCACCCUCGCUUGUUCUCAGAGUGGAAGAAGUAACACCGACACAGUAUUAUACGGAGGAGGAGAUCAGUGCGUGGAGUAUGAGGGCUGUUUGGUUGGGAUGUUUGACUGGACAGAUGUUGGCCUGUCUGUCUACCUCAGCAUCCAGAGCAGACUCCUCUAGCCCACACACAGGAGAGACAUUCAAAUGAAAUGAUGCAGAAACCGUUCAAGAGAGAAGGAAAAACGUUUUCCGACGUCCGCGUCGGGACGAAGGAGCACCCGAUAGCGUCGCCAGUUGAAUAGUUAUUUGCCGAUGAGGUAUGUAAACUCGAGAGAGAGAAAAAAAAAAAGAAAGUUAAAAAAAAAAAAAAAAAAAAGUCAUACUUUCACAAGUGAUAUUCACUUGACCUUUUCAGACUGAUGCUGGAUGCGACCUUAAUCAUUUUUUGCUGCUGAGUCGUUGUCAACCAUGCUGUGACAUAUGCAACAGUCACAUGUUCUCUGUCUCUUUAGAUGUACAUAUCGGUUUCAACAUGCGCGUGUUAUGUUUGGAUGCUGUAUGCAGAUGUACAUACACUUUAAGUGAUAAAUACAUGUAUACCUCUAUCUGUGUUUUAUACAGUUACUGCAGUGUUCUUUCAGCUAUGACUAGAUGUUACCAGGAAGCACCACUGCUCUGGAAUAACCAUUUGUAUGAAGAUAUGAGGCUGUGUAUGCGAAGAUUUCAGUAUUUGCGUGUGAUGAGCUCUGCCUACAGCGACUAUGACGUUUAAGAUAGAAUUAGCAUGUCUUACGCAUCUGAGAGGGUUGGGCUCGUGCUGACCAAUCAAAAUUUAACUAUUUUUUUCCCAGUAAUUACUGUUACUUGUAUUUAUAACUUUAGCAUGUUUCACUGAGAUUAGCUGAAAGGUGUGUAGGUGCUUUACCACUGGAUAUAUUCCAAUGACAUAAGUGAUUUCAUUGAUGAAGUUUGCCAUUUUUAAUAGUUUGGCUGUUAUUUGAAGACAUUCCCUUAAAAGAUUUGUAUUUUUAAAAGAAUAUGUGAAUGCUUCAAAAAGGAGAAAAGCAUUAAUGAGCUUAACUGAAUGUUACUUGUUGCACACUUUACUUCAUCAUUGCAAACGGACAUUGUAACUGUUACCAACCUGAAAAUUAAAGUACAAGUUGUCUGCUCUUCGUUCAGUUUAAUUUUAUUCUUAGCAAGUCUUAACUGGCUGUUUAAUUGCUUAGAGAUAAUCGCGCUUCAUUUUGGUUUGUUUUGUUUUGUUUAUUUUAAAUAACAAAAAGGAUAUCAAAGCUGUUAGUAAGAUAUGUCACAGAAAAGGAAAGUUGAGAGUCAAUGUCAGUAUUUACUGGAGUUUUUUUUUUUAAUUUUUUUAUUCUCAUGGUCGUUUAUUUUUUGAACUUCUAGAUCGAAGUAGCCAGGCUGCUCUGCUGAUUCAUAUAACGCAAGGAGCUCCACAAGACAUCUGAGCGAAUUCUCCUCAAAAAUAGGAGUGUAAUUGUCAGUCAGUUAUACAAUAAAUUUUCUCCUUUCUUUCACUACCUGUUCAAUAUCUGUUACAUGGCUCAAGGCAGUCUCUGAAAAAGCAGCAUGUCACAAAUGUUCUUCUCCCAUGAAAAUUCCCACUGGAAGUAUGUUGACUCUGUCAAGUUUAUGUCACUUUCUUGGUGCAAAUUGUUGUUUCUGAACAAGUUUGGAAGGAUGGUCUAUGUCACGUUCUGUGUACAAAUAAGGAAAAUAACAUCAGUAUUAAUGUUUUUAUAAUGUAUAAAUAAGCUCAUUUCACUGAUUGUGAGUUUGUCACAGUAUUUCUAUGAUGAAGGGAAAUAUUUUCCACAGAAAUUCCUUGAUAAAUCCUGUUUCAAACAUAAAGAAAGAAUUGGUUGAGUGUGUAUUUUUGCCACUUUUGGUGUCAUAUCAGUAAUGUUUUGUGCUCUAAGUUCUAUGCCUCUUAAAGGAUGUGAAAGAGGCCUCCUCUCAGUA